AAAUAAAGAAUUUAUAUAAAAUCCUAAUCUCCUUUCUUUCAGCCAUUCUAGGGUUUCCUUCUUCACAGCCAGCCGGACACCAGCUGCCUUCACCCCCACCCCCCGACCCCACCAUACACACACCCCAAAGCCACCAUGGGUCGUAUGCACAGUAGAGGUAAGGGUAUUUCGGCUUCAGCACUACCAUAUAAGAGGACUCCACCAAGUUGGCUCAAAAUAUCUGCACCUGAUGUCGAAGAUAAUAUCUGCAAGUUUGCCAAAAAAGGUUUGACACCUUCUCAAAUUGGUGUUAUUCUUCGUGAUUCCCAUGGCAUUGCUCAGGUGAAGAGUGUAACUGGUAGCAAGAUUCUCCGAAUUUUGAAGGCUCAUGGACUUGCUCCUGAGAUUCCUGAGGAUCUCUACCACCUUAUCAAAAAAGCAGUUGCAAUCAGGAAGCACCUUGAGAGAAACAGGAAAGACAAGGAUUCCAAGUUUAGGCUGAUUCUUGUUGAGAGCAGGAUUCACCGACUUGCUCGCUACUACAAGAAAACAAAAAAGCUUCCACCAGUCUGGAAGUAUGAAUCUACCACGGCCAGUACUCUUGUGGCAUAGAGAAGACAUGGGCAUUCGGAGUGUCGAAUCAUAUCUUAGAAAUUCUAUAUUAAGUUGUUUUGGCAUGUCCGGGAUACUUGGAAUCAUAUCAGAUUAUGCACUUGAGGAGAUGAUAGGCUUCAUGUAAUUUCUUGUUUGAGAUUUUGACGUUGAGACUUGUUAUUGUGAUACAAUUUUGGUUUAUGUCUUUUUCUCAUCUUGUCAAAUUCUCGUAUAGCUAGAAAUGCUGGAUAAUGGUUCUUCACUGACUGUGGAUCCGUGUCAACUUAAUGGUUAGCCUUCGGCAUUCAACAGUCCCUAGUAAA